CAAUGAAGUGGAAGCCAACACCCAGACAGUGCACACCUAGACACUGGCAGACAAGAGAGCAUUUGAUACAGUCUCUUAGUCCAUUCAUUUCAUUUGUAUUUCAUAUCAAAAGGGAGAAAAAUAAGCUACAGUAAUGCUUGACAAGAUUGAAAAAAUAGGAUGCAUCAAGUUCCUGCUCAUCUUCUUCAAUUCUGUGUUCUGGGCCUCUGGGAUUGCUCUCAUAGUGAUGGGGGCCGUGUCUCGCUCCUCCUAUGCUCAGUUUGAGUCUUUUACGGGGGGCGGACUCUCCCAGUGUGCCGUCGUCAUCAUUGUGGUGGGCGUGGUCAUCACUGCCAUCUCUUUCCUGGGCUGCUUCGGGGCGUGGACUGACAACAGAUAUCUGCUGGGACUGUUCACGGCUGUCCUGAUCAUCAUCCUGAUCAUUGAGAUGGCAGCAGGGAUCGUGCUGUAUGUCUUCCGCUCCAAGGUAGAGGGGAAAAUUAAAAACCAAGCCAAGAAAGUGAUCAUCGAGUACAACCCCAACCUGGUGGCAAUCAUUGAUGACAUCCAGGAUAAGUUCCAUUGCUGUGGAGCCGAAAACUACACGGACUGGCUUGAGAGCUCCGGCUGGAAAAGGAACAACUCUGUGCCGGAUUCCUGCUGUCGAGUGGAGAGGGAGGAUUGUGGCAACAAUAUCACUGCAGGGAACAUCUACUACAAGGGCUGUGUGGGGUCAAUUAAAACCUUCCUGCAGAAGAAGCUGAAGUGGAUUGCAGCUGUGUGCAUCGGCCUUGGGCUGGUUGAGAUCACAGGAGCUGUGCUUGGAUGUCUUGUCCUUAGAGAAGCAGUAAUAAAGAAUGGCUAUGAGCAAAAGUGAGCCAGUCUGCUACAGGAUAAAGAAAUAUAGCAUCUGCUUCUGUACAUGGAGGGGCCCGGGGUACACUUAACAACUAUUUAGUUAUUCUACACUUUGGAACUCACUUCCAGGUUCUAUUUGGAUUGUCAAUAAAUUUUCUUAAAAGUGUUCCAGAAUUUUUUUGAACAUAUUCCUGAUAGUUUUUAUAUUUUUUUUAUUCACACAUCAUAGGUAAAUUAACUAGGGAAUUACUUUUUUUUUCAACUUUUACUCAGAAACAUUUGCCAAGAAAAAUAUAUUUUUAUUCUUCUAAACACCGCAGUGUAUCCAAGGAGCGUGAUCCAAGUUGCUGUCUAGCCUCCUCCUCCGACAGUUCAAUCAAUUGGGAUGGCAGUGUCAGAGACCACAACAAUAGUUUCUGGAUGUUUAAGUAGGUCCUGAUUGCUGGUUAUUACAAUUUUUAACAAAUCAUCACGCAUUCUCUAUUUAUUUCAAUAUCCUACCACCAAUAUUGCUGCCCUGAGGAUUCAAAAGCAAAAGCCCAAACACUUUGUCACUUUAUUAGUGUUGUUGAACACGUUAACUUGACGGCACAACAUUAUUUAUAUAACUGUGGAGGAAAAAUAUAUUAUUUUAAGUUAAAUGGUUAAACUCACAUUUAAAUGUAACAGCUUUCAAACAUCAAAACCACCUCUCACCCCCUCUCCCUGUAACUGCAUCGGCUUAAUAGAAUCCCUGCUAUCAGGUUAGGCAGGUAUCAGGUACCUUGCAAGUGUGACCACCCUCACUGCCUUUAUGAAAAAUGCUUUCCUGUUAAAUGUACUGAUGGUAAGCCUUUUCAUCUUAAAGAACAAUAUGGCAGUCUGCAUUGUUCUUUAUUGGUGCGCAUGCGUAUCUGCAUACCAGUGUGUGAAUCUCUGCUUAAGACCUAUGAUGUGUGAUAAAAAUUUCAAAAGAAUUUGCCAUAUGUUGAAAAAAUAUAAUGAUAUGUACAACACGUGACACUGCAAAAGCAAUGCAAUGUGUUUCAUGUAAACUUUGCAGGGUGUUCUCUAACACUUUAAACCUAACUUACAUUUUUUUCUGAUUUACUAUAGAGUGGUUUGGAGCUCUUUUUAGUUUUUGUAAAGUGCCCUGGGAUGCUUGUAAAUGAAGGAUGCCAUAGAAGUUAAAUUUGUAUAGCAUGGCAUGGUAUGGUGUGGUAAGUGGUUUUAUAAGGUAUACUGAAUCAAGCCUCAAACACACUCAUGCGCGAGACAAAUGCCAAAUUUUUGUCUGAUAUAUGAUAAGCCAUAAUGUAAAAACACAUAUCUACUGACCCACAGAACAGCGAACAAUCUGGGCCCUAUUCACAAAUGUUUGUUGUUUAAAAGGUUUCAUGAAGUGCAAACUUGAUUUAAUUAAUCGAAAUGGUCUUUAAAAAACACACUUCUGUUAAUAGGGCCUUUUGAGAAUGGCUAUGAGAAAUGUCCCAUUAUGUUAGCAUUGAAUUUUAAAAGUUAAUUGUCGGCCCUGCUCAAAAGAACAGACUUUUAGAGAAUAGAUCUUCUGAUUUCUUAGAUGUGUUUUAUCUACCCCUGGUGUACAGUUGAUUUUAAUCAGGGCUAAGGGUCAUGUUACUGUGUAUGCAGGCUGAUUACAAUAAUUCAGUACAGACUUUUAAGAAGUAUUUUAUGUUGCUUUGAAAAUUUAGCAUUAUCCUAACACCCUGUAGUAGUACCAAAAACACAAGAUAGACUGAAACACACACAGAUAAACUGGAAAUGUAGCAGUUUUGCAAUUGAUUAAAGACGACUAUAAAUAUAGUAGCUCCUCCACCUUCCCGCACUCUGUAAUUGAAUGUAUUGCUCUAUACCUUGCAAUGAUAUCUGUUUUUGAUCUUGGCAACACUAUCGGUACAGUACCAGCAGUAAUAUGCAUGUAAUUUGCUUGUCUCAGUCUGUAACUUAACCACUCUAAUAAUAAAGCCCUUGAAAUAGA